GAGGUCUUCCUUGAUCAGAAAUGGGCAGAACUCCUUGCUGCUCUAAAGACUCUAUGCUCAAUCGUGGGGCUUGGACUGCCCAAGAAGAUUCCAUUUUAAGCGAAUACAUCAAAAUUCAUGGAGAGGGCAGAUGGCGAUCAAUCCCCCAAAACACAGGUCUGAAGCGGUGCGGAAAGAGUUGUAGAUUGCAUUGGUUGAACUAUCUCCGUCCUGACAUUAAGCGGGGGCACAUUUCGCCUGAUGAAGAGGAUCUCAUCCUUAGAUUGCAUGGACUCCUAGGCAAUAGAUGGUCACUUAUUGCUGGACGUCUGCCAAGUCGAACAGACAACGAAAUAAAGAAUUACUGGAACACUCAUCUCAGAAAGAAGACCCAGUCACUGCCAGAGAAGAAAACUCUUCCCAAACCUGCUUUUCCUGCAGGUGAUCGCAUGUUCAAGUCUUCUCCAGUUAAAGCAAAGGCAGUGAGAUUAAGGAAGGGCGAAAACAAAUAUGGUAGUAUCUCUGGGAUUUCGACUCAUCAGGAAAUGAGCUCCCCUAUUACUGCAAUUGAGCAAAGAGAUCUGAUCUCCUGCGAAUCAUUGAUCAAGGAAGACGAUUCUCAAAGCACCCAUUUUCCAAUGGAGAAGAAUAUGGUUAAAUCACAAUCUCCAUCAAUGGAAAUUGAUGGGCAAUAUGCCCCUUGUUACACACCCAUUUCAGUUGACUAUCAAAGCCCACAUUCUGAGCCUUGUGCAGAGAGUGGAGUAAAUACAUUCGAGAGUUUACUAUACAUGAACGAGCUCUCUUCUCCAGAGUUUGAUGCUUGUACCAGUAGUAAGAUAGACCAGUUGCUAGAUAACAAUAUACAGCAGGUGAAUAGUUUUACAGCUAGUGAUGAGCAAGCAAAUAAAGAAAUACAACAGAAAGGGGAUUGGGUAGAGGAGCUCCAAUAUCAACAGAAGUCAAGUCUACAGUGGCUUAGCCUUCUCCUCUUGGAAUCCGAGGAGGACUGGGAGGAAAGAAAUAACAUUAAAGAAUCUGCACAGUUUUCAUGAAAACCAGACACCGUAUUGAAGUAAAGUGGUAUAUGUUUUAGAAAACUAUGUUGUUCAUUCCAUACCUACAUUUGCAAACAGUGACUUCCUUGAGUUAAUAUUAUGGAGCUACCCUUCCAUAGUAGGGAUGGGGACUGAUUGAAAUGUGUCACAGACAUUUAGAAUCUAUAAUCAAUUUAGGCAUGCCUUGCUGCCGUUUAUAAUAUAGUAAGGUAGCUUAGAUGUAUAUAUUAUGGUAUUAAUUUUUAUUUCAAUAGUAA